AGAAGUCCAUCGUUGAGCUCGAAAUGCAUUCUUGGGAAAUAAAUGCCUGGUAACCAAGCUUUGUAAUCACAUUGCAGAGAGCUUGUUCAAAGAAUCGAAGAUUUUACGGACUAAGAUCCCCAAAAAGUGGAAAUUUGCCUAUGAYUUUGAACGUUUCGUGAUCCGUCGAAGGGUAGGAAAUCAAUAUCUUGUGUGUUUGUUAAGUUAAUUUAGUUAAUCUUAAAGAUGAAGAGACGAAAGAGUCGCACGAUGUCUGAACCAGAGACCUCUCCACAGGGGAAAAAGAUGACUAAGUCUCAAUCAGCUCAUGUUGUCAAGGACAAAGUUGGUGAUGAUCUGGCCCAUGUUGAUGACUUGGAAGAAGCAUUGAGUGAUGCAGGGAGCGAUGUCGUGUCUUUCCGCAAAGCCAGCGAAGAAAUCAAGAAACUGAUUGAAGAGAUCAAUGACUUGAAGAAAGAGGGCAAGAAAGCAGAGAGUCCAGAGAUAAAUGAACGACGUAUAAGGUGUACACUGUUGUUUACCAUUUUGAAGAAACUUAACAGAUUAGCUCAUGUUCGAUGUAAAAAAUCUAGAGAUUCUACACAGGAGGCAAAGCAGAAAGUUGAUGAGCUUCUCCUUGAGCUCCAGAAUCUCCUCUAUGAAGUGAUGCACCUGAAAAAAGAAAUAACAAAAUGCCUGGAAUUCAAGUCUAAAGAUGAAGAAAUAGAUCUAGUAUCAGAAGAAGAAUUUUAUAAUGAUGCACCAAAGGAAUUCUCUAAGCCUGAAGUGACUAAAAAUGAUCCCCACCAGAGAAUGCUGGCAAGACUUGACUGGGAAUUGGAACAAAGAAAGAGAUAUGCCAGUCAAAAGGAGGAGUUUACGAAGCGCAAAGAUCAUCUGGCUCUUGAAAUCAAGGCCAAGAAAGAAUUCAUGGACAGCUUACAGCCAAGACUUGAGAAUAUUCUGAAGGCCACCCUCCCAGUGCAAGAAUACCUGAAUCUUCCAUUAGAUGCCCAAAGAGCCCAGUACGAGACAGCCAAAUAUCUUCCUCUACCACUGUAUGUCCUGUACGUACAAUCCACUGCCUAUCAUGAGGCAUGUGACAAGAACCUUGAUAUUCAGAUCCAGGGAGAUUUGGAUGCUGCUAAGGCUGUCUUGGAGGAGAAGCCAAUCAUGAGAACUGAUGAAGAAAGUGAUUCUGACCAAGAAGGGACAGAAGAUGCAACAGAUAAGAGAAGGUCAAAGCGUAGAAGAAUGAAAGAGAAAAGUCGUCAACUGGAAGCAAAGAAGGCUUUGCUUAAAAAUCAUCCACUACAAGUCAUUAUUCGGUUUACCUUUAAAAGCAAAGACUCACUCUCACUGACAUUUUCCUACCUUCCAACCUUGAACAUCGUAACUGCUACUCCAUCACUUUCCUUGGUGGAAGGUGGAGAAAUGCCGGUUCUUGCAUCAAGAAAUCUGCUGUCUCCGGASUCCAUACUCGACUGUUUAUUACCUGGUGACCAUGGAAACAGCUUACCCAAUCCAACCAAUCAGUUUCAGUUGGCAAAAGUUGGGAUUUCAGAUUUUUCUUGCAUCAAAGAGAUCGGCAAACCAUUCUUGUGGGCACAAAAGAUUUGUGGACUUGAGUUUCUCCCUGAUGUUACGGCCGUCUCAGCAAAAUCCCAGUUAAGUUCAUCCCACAUGGAGGAGACCAUUCUGGCUAUUAGAGCACGGAUCCUGGCAAGACUAGCAUUGCAGAAACAGUUAGCAUCUUUAGAGGGAUGCAAGAUUCCAGACAUUAAAGGCAAUUCAACACUCUUUCCACACAAAAUCCAGUCAGCUCUGAAAUCCUGGAAACCUUUAACCUAUGCAGAUUUUGUUGAAAUACYUUUUGCAAAGAAUCUAGUAACAGAAGACCUGAUUUCAGAAUCAGACAUGUUUUUCACUGCACAGUUUCAGAGAGACUCCAAAGAGAUACUAGAAGUAGUGGUGGUAGUGCACCAAGACUAUCCUGUCAAACCUCCACUGUUUAGUCUGUGUGUGAAGACCAGUGAAGCAGAGAUAUCUGAUGAAAUGACAAGGUCAAUGGAAGCAGAGGUCAAUGUACAUUACCAAGACCUGAUGACGCUGGACUCACCUGACAAUAUUUUAACCAAUCAGAUGAAGCGACUGCAGAUGUGUUUUGACAUUUUCAUAGGCUGUGGUUAUCCAAAUAACCUCAAGGAUACAGAAAAACUGAAGAGUGAAAAAAUGCUUGUACGAGGCCUGAAGGGACGUGAAAGAGGACUGCCCUUCAAGUACGAUUCCAGUCUUAGCAUAUACACACACCGAUAGACAAGUCUUCAAAGAAUUCAAACAAGUCAAUCAAAAUCCUUCUUCAACUUAGAGGAUUAGUUGGCCAAAAAGUUGUGCAAUCAGAGAGUAAGGCACAGGUGAAACGUCAGACUYCACAGGAGGGGAACAUUAUUGGAACAACAGAUAACAAGGCAGUCUUCUUUGAUGUCAUUAGGUUCAGCCCAUGUGAAGUUCAACGUUUGACAUGAGCCUAACAAUCAAAGUAAGGCUGCGUUCAUAAUGUAUGG